ACGUCUUCCAUCCGGAACAUCCCUCCUCCGACGCAUGUAGCCUCACGGUUGUGACACACCGACAUGGUGACAUUUGUUUUGGUCGUCCUUUAAAGCGUUGAGUGAACGUACAGUCAGAAUGGGCGACCGUGAGCUGGACCUUACAGAGGCACAGAAAGUGACUAAGUCAAAAUACCCGAAAAUCAACAAGAAAUAUGAAUACCUGGAUCAUACAGCGGACGUGCAAAUUCACUCUUGGGGAAACACUCUGGAGGAAGCCUUCGAGCAGUGUGCCAUGGGCAUGUUUGGCUACAUGACGGACACAGAGACAGUGGAACCGAUUGAUACUGUUGACGUGGAAUCAGAGGGUGACGACAUGGAGUCUCUUCUUUUCCACUUCCUAGAUGACUGGUUGUACAAGUUUAGUGCCGAACUCUUCUUCGUUCCCAGGGAGAUCAAAGUUUUGCACAUAGACAGAAUGCACUUCAAGAUCCGCUCCAUUGGUUGGGGUGAGGAAUUCUCUCUGGCAAAGCAUCCACAGGGAACUGAGGUGAAAGCCAUCACAUACUCCGCAAUGCAGAUCCACGAUAAGGAAAAAUCGGAGAUAUUUGCCAUCAUUGAUAUCUGACGAUACCUCCAGAGGCAGACCGCACUCCUGGUUCAAUGAAACUGGAAUAUCUACUCGGCCAAUUUAAGUGGCCUUUUAUCUAAGGCAAUGAUUCUUGACUUGUAAAAUGUUUUUCUAUUUGUACGGUGAACCGUUUACGAACAGCAGCAUUUGCCAACAUUUCUGUUAGCUGAUAGAUUACAGAUUAGUGAUAUGACACUUAUAUCUUAUAAAUUGUAUCAUUUCAGAAAUCACAAAACCAUGGAAAUAUUAUGAGUCUUUACUUAAAGUCACUAUUGAAAAGAAAAACUAAUUGAGAACAAUGCAAUGUUUUAACACAUUUUGUUAACCCAGUUUUACUUGAAAUGCUUUUGCAAAUUCUUAUUUAUCACAAAUUUGACAUGAAUUGUGUCGAUGCCUUAAUCAUUGUAAAUAAAUCAACAGAUUUUUUA